AUGGCCAAAACAGACCACUGCACUGUCAGUCACAAGUGUUGCCAGACCAAUUUUGACCUGUCCAAGAUAGACCUGUACCAUGGUGGUAAUCCCAGUGAGAGGGGUCAACCUUCUCCUAAGGAACUUAAGUGGCUUAGUAGUAGAACCUUCUUCGUGUUCCCAGAGCAUUUAACUGAAGAAAAACCUGAUGGCCUUGUCAAUGAAGCUACUAGGCAAGUUGCUUUGGCAGACAUGAUUCUCAUCAAUAAAACAGACUUGGUUUCAGAAGAGGAGCUAAACAAAUUAAGAACAACUAUCAGAUCAAUAAAUGGACUGGGAAAAGUUUUAGAAACUCAAAGAUCAAGAGUUCAUCUCUCAAAUAUAUUAGAUCUUCAUGCCUAUGAUAUUCUUUCUGGAAUAAGUUUGCAGAAAAAACUCCAGCAUGUGUCAACAGCACCCCACCUUGAUCAGAGUAUUGUUACAAUCACAUUUGAAGUACCAGGAAGUGCAAAGGAAGAGAGUCUAAAUGUAUUUAUCCAGAAUCUCCUGUGGGAAAAGAACGUAGAAAACAAGGACGGCUGCUGCAUGGAGGUCAUACGGCUGAAGGGAGUGGUGUCCAUCAAAGACAAACCACAGCAAAUGAUUGUGCAAGGCAUCCAUGAGCUCUAUGACCUGGAAGAGAGCCUAGUGAGUUGGAAGGAUGAUGCUGAGAGAACAUGUCAGCUGGUCUUUAUUGGCAAAAAUUUAGAUAAGGAUGUUCUUCAGCAGCUCUUCAUUACUGCUGUGGCAGAGGCCGAAGAGCAGAGGACAACACUGGGCAAAGAUCAAGUUUGUCCAUCACACUAGAAACUGCUUCUUAACAAAAGAACUGAUAAGAAAAACAAAGAUCAGUUUCCUACUGGAUAUACUUCAAUGUUGAAUUCGUUCAUUGCUUCUGUUGUGAGUUGGGAGUAUACUUUAUGAAGUAUUUAUUUUAUAAAGUAUACAAAAUUUUAGUAAAUUAUUAUGAAAAUACUUGAUACUCAUACAAUAAAAUAUAUCCUCUGAAGGUUUUUUUGAGAAAAAUAUUUCUCAAAAAUUCCAGAAUUUUUUUGAAUCUUAAGCAUGAAUGCUGAUAACUUAUACAUCAUUUUUUGUGAAAAUGAUGGCAAACUUUUACCAUUUUCAUUUUACCUUAAAACUUAAGGUAAUUGUAGAAAUAUAAUGAUCAUAUUGAUAAUAACAACAACAACAAAACCCCCAAAUACUGUAAUUGUAUUUAAAAAGAUGUUUAACCUUUAUUUUUAUGUUAUGUGUAUGGGUGUUUUGCCUGCAUGUAUGUCUGAACCAUGUACAUCCAGUGCCUGAGCAGUGUAGAAGAGAGCACUGGAUCCUCUAGGACUGGAGUCACAGAUGAUUGUAACUCUCUAUGUGGUUACUGGGAAUUAACCUCAGGUCCUCUGGAACAGCCAGCACUCCUAACCACUGAGCCAUCUCUUCAGCUCUGUCACCGUGUUUUUAGUGGAAUGCAGCUUUACUGUUUCUAAAGACUGAAAGAGGAAGAAAUUUGAGUCAAAGAAAUUGAAUGAUAUCAUACAAUCAGUGCCAAACUGAUGUUGUAAUGAUACUUCAGUUCUUUGUUCUGUAUUAUAUAUGUUAUAAUUGUAGAACUUUAAACUUUAGUUUUAUUGCUGAUAUUAAAUUCAUUUU